GAGUAUUAGACAAAGAGAUUCUGGAAUUUUCUCAAAUUCUACAGAUCAUCUACUCUCAGAUUCAAAGGAUAAAUUGUUGCCAGAGUAUUCAUUCUCUUCAAAAGACAUUGCCUCAGUGUUGUUUGGCUAGUUCUGAAUUGUGGCGUAGUCGAACUGCACUUAUUUGUUGGGAUAUAGUAGAGCUACACCUACCAGAUAGGUGUAUGCGACAAUUUGGAUUUGUUCAGCAUAUUCCGGCACCAUGUGACACGGAUUGGAGUUUGCAUCAAGUGGAUCGUCGAGGUAGACGAAAUACAGAUUGGACCCUUAAACACUACCGCCACAUCCAAAUGUGGAUGGAUCGAGCUUCAAGUAUACAAGAAGGUGAACUCGAGGAGGUUCCUGGUGAGGCUAGCUUAGAGUAUAUGACUUGGUAUAAGCAGCGUACAAGAUUGCUUAUUGGCAACCCAUCAUUGAGACCACUAUUACCAGCUGGUUAUCAGGGUAUUGCACCAGCUAAUGAGAUGAUGGUAGAUACAUUGCAUCGUGUCUAUUAUAGAUCACUUGAAGCAUUACCACAUGAUGAGGCCAUCUCUGUUCCUGCUCUCACUGAUAUUCGGGAUAUGUGCCAAUCAACUAUGCGUGCCAUUGGAUGUGAGAUGAGAUUGAAACUCCUACCAUUGAAUCCAAUAAUGCCGCUCUCAAUGGAUGAAGAGUUGCAACAUGUAGUUCCACGGGCACGUGUUCGAAGAGCCACACAAGAAGGUUCACAAAGAAUCCAUAGAGGGGGACGAAGGCGAAAACACGUCCAAACUGAUCAAAACAGUGUACAAAAUCAGAUUUUAAGUCAGGAUGAGUUUGUAGGAGAUCAUAUGUUGAAUCAAGAGACUAGAGACGUGGGAAAUGAGGAAACAGCUAAUGAGUUCAAUCAGACAUGUGAUCGGACUUCUGAAAUCAAUCUCGAGCAAGGUCAAGGGGAUGAACAUACAGAAGCUGAUACAACACAUGCACAAGCUGGUGAACAUGAUCUGAUGCAUGUGCAAAGUGAUAAGCAUGAUCAGACACAUCUGGAGUUUGAUUUGCAACAUCAAACACAAGAACAUGUUGAUCGAAAUAAGCGUGACACUUGUAAAGGUCGUGGUAAAAAUCAGCAUCUACCCUUGCGGCCACCAUCUAAAAGAGUCAGAAGGCAAAAGUUGUGUUACUCUGGAGGCAUUCUCAAAUGA